UGACAGAGUCAUCAACUGUUUUUCUUUAAUGAAAACAUCAUAUUGAAAAAAAUUGUAUAGUUAUAAUACUUAUCCUAACUCACAGUUUGUACUCUUUCUCUCAUGAUCAUCACCAACAUCUGCUGGGACAAGGUGCAAGUGGAAGACAAGCCACUGACACACUACCACCCUUAGGGACAGUCACAAACAUCAGGAGAUGAGAAACAGACUAGGCAAGAAUACAGACGAUAAGCCAGAAUGGACAUUGUAAUAAUGUCAUCAGUCUGUUUCUAAACACAAACACGCCAAGUAAGAAGCAUGAUCUGCACACAAGAUGAGGCAUCAGUGUUGCAUCACUGCUGAACAUGAUGCAGAGAACAGAAGGAUUAUCUACAACGGUGGACUCCAUUGAAUGACCAGUCAGUUGGCCUCCUACACCUUCCAACAUAUACAGGAACAGCCUUCAGAGUGUUUGAGCAGUGUGUGAUGACAGCUUGGCACCUAUUUACCACAAACCAGUACCAGUUUCAUGGCAAUCUAAGUGCUCAGGAAACAAUUGUUACGCAGUUAAAAGAUAAAAACACCUACGUACAAUUGGACAAGCAACAAUUCCAUUUCAAAGAUUUUGUGUUUGAAAGUGAGGAACUUGAUGUGAUUAUUUUGGAACUUGAUGUUCCUGAAGGACAUCGGCUGCCUCCUUCUUUGCCUCUGAUGUCACCCUCUCACCCUUUUGGUUGUAUCUCGGCGUAUUCACACAAAGUGACCAUAAUAGGCUAUGAUGGAGAUGGGACAAAACUAGUAGACAUUAGCUGUCUGACAAUUCAAGUAUCAAAAGAAGAAUGCUGCCUGGCUCGUCAAGACCUGCAAAAGAUGGGUUUCCAUGACGACUGGUACAACGGUAAACCACACAAUGGUAAAUGGUACAAUGACCUCGCCCACCCUCACCUUCUGCCUCUAAAAACCCACUUCGCACACGGUGCGUCUGGCUCUCCUGUGGUUGUACCGUACGAGGGGAAGCCAUUGGUGAUUGCAAUGUUUAUCAAGGGAUAUCCUGAAUUCUACUGGGACCUUGAAGAUAAAUACAAAAGAUGCAUUGAUGAAAAGUUCAUCAUCAAAGCAGCAGUAAAGCUCAGCAUGUUCGACAUGGAUUUCAUCGCGGAUGACAUCAUGGAUCGGUCAUAAACACUUGAAGCCAUGGAUACUUCACAAGAAACAGUCUUGGAGAAAAAGAAAAGAGGCUGGACUGACGCUGAUCAGGAGUGAAGGAAAGGAAGAGAGUUGUUAUAGGGACUAAUUCAGGACAGCCAUCAUCCAAAAAUGUAAAAACUAUGUACUCAAGACAUGUGAGACUUUAUUGUAAUUAUUUAUAUGAUGCUAAUCUGUAUUCUAAGCAAUCCUUAUAACUUCUGCAUUGUACAUUGACUUGUCAGGCAAUCAAUUACUGUAUAUGACAUUUAUAACCUUUAUUGGUCAUCCCCCUUGGCCGUGCCUGCCAUCGCAUCAACUUGUCAAGGGUGUGCUAUUGUUUUUCUACCUGUCAAUUGUUGAGUCAUCGCCUGUCAAUUGUUGUAAAAAACUGUACAUAUACUUAGUAUGCUCACAUCUACACUGUGAAGGAGUACGAGUCCGGUAUUCCGACUGAAUGUGUAGGGACGUCCACAAGCGGGAUAAUGCUGCUCGUUGGAAACGCCCUUGGGUUGAGCAGGUACUCAGCUCACCUCACUUAUGUCUUGUGUAUUUGUUUCUCAUGUACUAAAGACGUUUGAACUCAA